UUAUUGUAGCAUUAAGUUUUAUCGGUUUUGUUAUCUUUACGCAAAGAGCUUUUGGGGAUGCAAUCUUAGCUACCUUUGAUGAAAGACAGGCUGGUAUACUUUCAGAUUUACAGGAAUUUAUGACUUCUCAGGAAGAUAUUCUGUCUGAGUUAAUGAAAGAGCAUGAAUUACGUAGUGUAAGCUUACGCUCCAGUACACAGAUGAUUGGAGAGUCCUGUAUUCAUGAUAUGAUUACACGCGUUAACGCACAUAAGUGUAAACAAAGAGUUCAAGCUGUUUUGUCUCAACAGUAUGAACAAAAAUUAAAAACAUUAUUAUCUGUUCAAGAGUAUUCUCGUAUCAAAUUUCAAAAGAAAAUAGUAAAUUGUUUUCGAGAAACCGUUUGUGAUGAAUUUCGUUUUUCUAAAUUACGUAAGCAUCAAUCAAAACUAGUUAAACAAAGUAUUGCUUUAUUAAAAAUGGAGUGCUCAUCCAAACAAUAAAAAAAACUUAUGAGCACUAAGAACACAUCGUAAGAUGUGUUUGAUAAUAGCGCUACUUCACGACCCCUUAAGGGGUCGUGAAGUAGCGCGUGCGGUUCCUUAGAAUUUUCUUUUGUUAUAAAGUAAUGAUGAUAAUUCACUGGUUAAAGUUCUUGGUUCCGAAGGAAGCUUCGUCAGAGCGAGCAAGCGACAUUAUUAGAUUAGGCCGCUGUCAAAGCAAGUUUCCGUCGCUUGUUUUGCCAGUUCGCGUGGGGUGCUUCGCUUACGCUCGUUUUGUUUCGCAAGCAAAGCUUGCUCAUUCUGACGAACCUACGGAACCUGACAGGGGCAUUCGCGCUGUAGCUCGCUUUCUUUCGCAAGCUUUGCUUACGGCACGCUUGGCGGGCAUUAUUAAGCGCUCAAUAAUUAUGCUGGUUCGCACUGCGCAUCGCUUUAAAGAAAGCUUGCUCGCUCUAGCGAACCAGCGCGUAUAAUAAAGCAAGUCUCCAAGGAGACCUUGCGGACCGCCAGGAAUUUGCGAAGCAAGCGAACACACAGACCAAUGGUGUGAAGCAAAGUAAUUGCAAAAAAAAUCCAAAGAGUGUGCAACAUAAUACAAUAGAUAGUAUUAAAUUAAAGUUCAAACUUCUAGAAGACACGAUAUUUUAUAUACUUAAAGAUUUUUAUUUAGGUAUCAAAUCUGCUUCUACGCUCUUUUGGACUAACCCAUUAAGGCGCGUAGCGUUGCUUUGAAGUUGGCAAUUUCAGCUUCUUAGUUUUAAGGCACAAUUUAUCUGCUAUUCUCUCUUGUACUCUUUUCUUAUUAAUAAUUCUGUCGGGCGCAUUCUUUUUUCACUGGCCCUUUUCUUUGUAUAUGGAUUGGCAGAAAGAGGUUCCCCUUGGCUUUUAAUUGUUUAUUAUCUCUUUCUAUUAGAAGGGUACGUAUUCUACUUCCUCUGCAAGCAUACUCCAAUGUUUUAUGAAAAACUAAAGAAAACCUUUGGAUCGGAAUUUAUGCGAGAAUUUUCAUUUUGUGGUAACACAAUUUUCAAAAACCUCCCCGCUCAUUUACUUGUAUCUUUAACUUAUCCUUUCUAUCGCGCGUUUGAACAAAGUCAUACCGAUUAUAAAGUGAAUCAAACAUUUGAUGAGCUUCAUAAAAGAGAGCAGACGACUUCUAACUGGAAGAAUACGAAGGAGGAAGUUUUUGACUGUCGUCGUCAAGCAAGAAAAAAAGUUGGCCUUCCUUUGACUAAAAGGAUUGAUUGAGCAAGCGGUAGCUGCGGGUGUCCUUCAUGGAUUCGCGAAAAUAGGAGAAAGUUUCAUAAAAUCUGGCCCUAAGCCGGUAGAAUAGAAUAGAGUUCUUUUUGUUUUUUUUGUUGUUUCUAGGUAACCUAGAAGGCAGCGCUUUAGCGGCAGCUUUGCUGCCCUAAAGGGAGCUGGCAUUCCUGUCUAAGAACAAAAUGAAAAAUAAAUGAUUUUUAUGGUAUAUCAACAGAGCAUUUAUUAAAAUAAUAGAAGUUAUUCGGAAUAUGAAUAAUUUUGCACAAAGAUGGAUUUUUUCAACUAAUCAUAAAGACAUAGGUACUAACUAUUUAAUCUUCGGAGCUAUUGCUGGAGUAAUGGGUGCUUGUAUGUCAGUAUUAAUUCGUAUGGAAUUAGCACAACCAGGUAAUCAAGUUCUUGCUGGAAAUCACCAGUUAUACAAUGUGUUAAUUACAGCUCAUGGCUUUUUAAU